AUGGCACCCUCUGUGUCGUCCACUGGCACGCAAAUCAACCAAAAGAUUGAAGCUCUUCCCCAAGCCAUCUCAGACAAGCUUCCCCAUGUCCCCGAAUCAAAAGAGGAACUCAAAGAGACAGUAAAAGAAGCCGAAAAGAAGUCGCUCGCGGGUCUGAGAAGCUUGGCUGCUGGUGGGUUUGGAGGUGUAUGCGCAGUGAUCGUAGGACAUCCCUUUGAUCUGGUGAAGGUACGGCUGCAGACCGCAGAACGAGGCGUAUAUUCCAGCGCUUUGGAUGUGGUAAGAAAGAGUGUUGCGAGAGAUGGACUACGGAGGGGCUUAUACGCCGGUGUGAGCGCACCCCUAGUGGGCGUGACACCUAUGUUUGCGGUUUCAUUCUGGGGUUAUGAUGUAGGAAAGAGUCUGGUACGCAAGUACUCGACAGUUACAGACAACCAAUUCUCUGUCGGACAAGUCGCAGCUGCUGGUUUCUUCUCCGCGAUUCCUAUGACACUCAUUACCGCUCCGUUCGAGCGUGUAAAGGUCCUGCUACAGAUCCAAGGCCAGAAGCAGCUUGCGCCGGGCGAAAAGCCGAAAUACAGUGGUGGUGUUGACGUCGUGCGGCAGCUAUAUAAGGAGGGCGGUGUGCGCUCUGUUUUCCGUGGCUCAUUUGCAACACUUGCCCGAGACGGACCUGGAUCGGCGGCAUAUUUCGCGACAUAUGAAAUCAUUAAGCGGAAACUCACACCAGUCGACCCAGCGACGGGCAAGCCUGGAGCUCUCAGUCUGCCCGCUGUUACCUGCGCCGGUGCCGCUGCUGGUGUGGCUAUGUGGAUUCCUGUCUUCCCAGUCGAUACUGUGAAGAGUAGAUUGCAGACGAUGGAGGGGAAGCCGACUGUUGGGGGUGUGAUUUCGGGGCUGUAUAAGAAUGGAGGAUUCAAAGCUUUCUUCCCUGGAUUUGGACCCGCUCUAGCGAGAGCUGUACCGGCCAAUGCAGCAACAUUCUUGGGUGUAGAAUUGGCACACCAAUUUAUGAAUAAGACUUUUGGAUGA